AUGUACGUCGGAGAGUCUGAGCGGUCGUUGAGAGAGAUCUUUCGCAAAGCUCGCGCGGCACGACCCAGUAUCAUAUUCUUUGACGAGAUCGACGCCAUUGCCUCUCGACGUAGCAGCAGCUCCAACGGCGGUGUGAAUGUUCUGACGACUUUGCUCAACGAGAUGGAUGGCAUUGAAGAAAUGCGGAACGUGCUGGUCAUCGCGGCCACGAACAAGCCAGACGUUCUUGACCCAGCACUCAUGCGGCCCGGUCGUUUGGACAACAUUCUAUACAUUGGACCACCUGAUUUCGAGGCGCGGAAGGAAAUCUUGCGGAUCUGGUCAAGUAAAUCUGUUGUCGAUCCGGAAGUGGACCUGGACGAACUGGCGACCCUUACCGACGGCUAUUCAGGAGCAGAGAUGGUGAGCAUAUGUGAAACUGCAGGAGAUGCGGCCUUGGAUGAAGAGGAAGAGACUCAACAAGAACAAAAUGUGAAAUCGAAGCAUUUUGCAUACGCCUUAGGUCAGGUGCGGCGUCAGAUCACGGACAGCGUCAUUGCGGAGUACGAGCAAUGGAGAGAUGGACAGUCCUAA